AUGCUGAAUUUAAUUUUUAAGGAAUAUAGACGCAACUUGAUACAAAAUACUCUUGGAAUCAUAUUCUUCAUCAUAGGAUCCUUUAUAUUAAAUAGAAAUGAAGGUCGACUGUUUAAGUUCCAUUCGUCACUUAAUGAAGCCUAUAAUGAUGCAAUAACAAUCAAAUUCGAUAAUGCUGGAUAUUAUAGAGAAAGAUCACGAGAUUAUGAGGAUAAAUUAGUUCAUUUUACAGGCGAAAUUCAGGUCCAUGAAGCUUUAGGAGAAACAAGCUACAACAUCCUUGUCCAAGCAGUUAAAUUAAGGAAAAUCGUCGAGAUUUAUCAAUGGCAAGAAGAAUAUACAGAAAAUAAGUUUGAACUGACAGAUGAGAGCUUCUCAAGGAACUACUACUAUUAUCAGGAAUGGUCCGAGAAGUUAAUAGACUCAAGAAAUUUUCAUAGUUUAUCGCAUCAAAAUCCUAGACAGAAGUCGGUCCAGAGUAAAAUCACUAUAGCUGAAAAAGUUUAUAUUGGAGGCUUUGAAAUAAGUGACGAAGCUAAAUACAUGUUCAAUACCUGGAUAGAAAUCACAUCAGACACAAAACCUGAAGAUUAUUUUAUAAAAAUGCACGGCAAUGCUUACUAUCAUACAGAAGAUCUCUUUAAUCUACAAACUGGAGAUAUGAGGAUUCGAUUCCAAUUUGCUGGAUUAGAAGGUGAUGUCUAUACAAUUGUUGGAAGGUUCCAAAAGGGCAAAAUUAAUCCAUUCAUUAAUAAAAGAGGACGGAAGAUCUUGUUGCUGUCUAAAGGCACACUUUCUAAGGAAGAAAUUUUUCAUCUCGAACAUUCAGCCAUUACAAAAGAUAUCUGGUUUACUAGAUUCUUCUCAUUUAUACUCAUCAUGUUUGCUGUCAGCACUACUGAAAGUUUCUCAAGAGUCCUUUAUGCUCGUACUAGAUUUACAUUUCUUAUAGUCAAUUCACAAAAUCAGUUUUAUAGUUUUGUUAAAAUAUCAUUAAUUUAUUGCAUUAUUAUUUAUAUUUUAAGGCAUAGUUUGCAUUAUGCUGGUAUUUUGGAACAAUAA